AUGGAUGUCUUCUCUGCAUCCCAGGUCUUCUAUGACAGAGCCUGCGCCUCGUCCCCAGACAGCCUGGAGUUUGGCCCCGGCAUGGAGCUAGCUGGCUCCGAGGAGGAUGAACAUGUCAGGGUCCCUGGAGCUCCUCACCAGCCCGGACACUGCCUCCAGUGGGCCUGCAAGGCCUGCAAGCGCAAGUCCAGCACCGUGGACCGCAGGCGGGCCGCCACCAUGCGGGAACGCCGGCGGCUGAAGAAGGUCAACCACGCGUUUGAAGCUUUGCGGCGCUGCACCUCAGCCAACCCCAGCCAGCGUCUGCCCAAGGUGGAGAUCCUGCGCAACGCCAUCCAGUACAUCGAGAGCCUGCAGGAGCUGCUCCGUGAGCAGGUGGAAAACUACUACACCCUACCUGGAGAGAGCAGCUCGGAGCCUGGCAGCCCGUUGUCCAGCUGCUCUGACAGCAUGGCUGAAUGUAACAGUCCUGUGUGGCCACACUUGAGUGCAAACUACAGCAACAGCUAUUCGUAUGCUAAGAAUGGUAAGAGCAGUUUGGGUGAUAAGACAGCUGGAGCCUCCAGUCUGGAGUGUCUGUCCAGCAUCGUGGAUCGUCUGUCCUCAGUGGAGGCCGGCGGCCCGGCAGCUCUGAGAGACAUGGCCACCUUCUCCCCGUGCAGCUCCGACUCUCAGCCCUGCACGCCGGACAGCCCUGGAUCCAGGCCCGUCUACCACGUCCUGUGA